AUGUCACUUCACAGAGAAAAGAUUAACGUGAGCGAAUUGCCCCAUGUGUUCAACGAGCCAGUUACUCUGGCCAUCAUCGGUGGAACAGGGCUCUAUCAGCUGGAUUCGCUGACCCCAGUGGCAAGACUCACAAUUUCCACGCCUUGGGGAUUUCCUUCGGCUCCAAUCACGAUUUCCAAAACUGAGUCUGGAUUUCCUGUUGCAUUCUUGGCUAGACACGGUCUGCACCACGAUCUGUUGCCCUCAGAUGUGCCCAACCAGGCCAAUAUCGCUGCACUUAAAAGCCUUGGAGUCAAGGCGAUUGUGGCUUUCUCCGCUGUCGGUUCGCUGAGAGAACAUAUCAAGCCCCGUGAUUUCGUUUUGCCCAAUCAGAUCAUCGACCGUACCAAGGGCAUCCGCAAAUCUACCUUCUUCGAAAAAGGUUUUGUUGCCCAUGCCAUGUUCGGAGAGCCCUUCGAUCUGAGUCUUAACGCAGUGAUUGCUGAAGUAGGUACUGAGGCAGGCUUGCUCAAAGGAGAGAAUGCAAAAUUCCACACUCGCAAGACCGAGGGUGAUGAUUUGACCCUCAUCUGUAUGGAGGGCCCUGCCUUCUCUACACGUGCCGAGUCUCGUUUGUACCGCUCUUGGGGAGGAUCUGUGAUCAAUAUGAGUGCAGUUCCAGAGUCGAAACUUGCACGUGAGGCAGAGAUUUCCUACCAGAUGAUCUGCAUGUCCACCGACUACGAUGCUUGGAACGAGUCUGAGGAGCCCGUAACUGUGGAGACAGUAGUGGGAAACUUGCGUGCAAACAGCGAGAAUGCCCAUAUUGUUGCUGAGAAACUCAUUGCUAGAUUGGAAACCGAACUUGCCAACGGAACCGUUGGAAACGACCACGUUGGUACCAUGAAGUACUCAGUUUCCACAAGUCCAGACGGAGUUCGCAAAGAGUUGCUCGAGAAGAUGCACUUUUUGUUCCCAGGCUACUGGCCUGUCAAAUAG